AUGCCGCCACGACUGAACGUCGGCGCCUUCUCGCGCUCAAUUGCCUUCAGGCCCAGGCCCAGGCCCCAGGGUCAAUGGCCUGCCCGCUCUGCGCUGCAAGUGGCGCCCUCGCAAUGGCGCACGUACGCCGACGCACCCCCAUACGCCGACCAGAACGCGCCUGCGCAGGACCGAUCCCACCAGCCCAGCUCCGAGCCCAUCGAGCACGUCUCCGAGGAGGCGGCCAAGACGGCGCAGAUCAUGGGCGAGCAGGGCCCUGAUGUCAACCAGGGCACGCCUGUUGAGGAUAUUGUCAAGGGCGACAAGGAAGCGCAGAAGAAUCUGCCCAAGGUCAUGCAGGAUGCCAUCAAGCAGGGCAACAAGACGCCAGCGCCCAAGGGCUCGCGCUCGUACUCCACGAUGACGACACGAUCCAGCGAGGGCGUGGACAUGGGUCUUGUCGACUUGGAGGCUGCCUCCCAGCUGCCCGUGACGGCUGGGCUGAAGUUUGAGAUGCCCACGCUCCCUCUGCCCAAGGAUGGCCACGUCAAGCGCCGGUACGACCCCGUUGUUGAGCAAGUCACCAACCUCCUGAUGCGACACGGCAAGAAGAGUGUUGCUCAACGUCAAAUGGCAGUAGUCCUCCAGCACCUCCGAACUUCACCAAUCCCCACCAUCAACCCAUCUCGCCCUCUCCUGCCUGGGGCGCCUCCACCGUCACAUCUUCCCUUGAACCCCAUUCUCUAUCUCACACUCGCCAUCGACUCUGUCGCCCCGCUCCUUCGACUUCGCGCACAGAAGGGCGCUGCUGGUGGUGGUGUCGCUCUGCAGAUCCCAGUUCCGCUCAGCCAGAGACAACGACGGAGGACAGCCGUGCAGUGGAUCCUGGCUGCUGCCUCGAAGCGGAGGAACUUGGGAAGUGGCAAGAACAGCUUGGGUCAGCGAGUUGCGCAGGAGAUGAUUUCUGUCAUUGAGGGCAAGAGCGGUAUCUGGGACAGGCGCAAUGCUGUCCACAAGCUGGGUGUUGCUGCUCGUUCCAACCUUGUUCUGCCGAAGAAAAGAUAG